CUACGAGGACUUGGAGGCCGACUACUACGACGGGGCGGCGCUGGGCAACUGGAGCGCGGGGGCGGCGCAGUGCCCCUGGGAGGAGGCCGAGGCGGACUGGGAGGUGUCCUUCUCGCUGCUGCCCGUCCUCUACAUGCUGGUCUUCGUGCUGGGCCUGUCGGGCAACGGCCUGGUGCUGCUGACGGUGUGGCGCGGGCCGCGGGCCAAGCGCCGCUCGGCCGACGCCUACCUGGGCCACCUGGCGCUGGCCGACCUGGCCUUCGUGGUGACGCUGCCGCUGUGGGCGGCCUACACGGCGCUGCGCUUCCACUGGCCCUUCGGCUCGGCGCUGUGCAAGCUCAGCAGCUACCUGGUGCUGCUCAACAUGUUCGCCUCGGCCUUCUGCCUGGCCGGCCUCAGCGUCGAGCGCUACCUGGCCGUCGCGCACGCCCUGCCCCGCGCCGCCGGCCGGCCGCGCGCCGCCACCCUGCUGGCCCUGGGCGGCGUGUGGCUGCUGGCCGGCCUGCUGGCCCUGCCCGCCCUGCUGCUGCGCCGCACGCGCCCCGCCGCCGGCGCCCACCCCGCCGACGGGGAGGCCGCCCUGCACUGCGACAUGGACUUCAGCGGCGUGGCGUCCAGCCCGGCCGAGGAGGAGCGCUGGCUGGCGGCCCUGAGCCUGGCCACCACGGCGCUGGGCUUCGCCCUGCCGCUGCUGCUCAUGAGCCUGUGCUACUGCGCCGUCGGCGCCACCGUCCGCCGCCACUUCCAGCAGCAGCCGCCGCCGCCGCCGCGCGCGCGCCACGAGGAGGGCCGGCAGCGGCGCCGCCUGCUGCGCAUCCUCGUGGCGCUGGUGGCCGUCUUCGCCGCGUGCUGGCUGCCCUUCCACCUCCUCAAGAGCCUCUACGUCCUGGGCUGGGUGGGCCUCGUGCCGCUGCCCUGCGCCUGGCAGGAGCUCAUCCCCCGCCUGCACCCCUACGCCACCUGCCUGGCCUACGGCAACAGCUGCCUCAACCCCUUCCUCUACGCCUUCUUCGACGGCCGCUUCCGCGCCCGCGCCCGCCAGCUGCUGGGCCUGCGCGCCCCCCGACGCCCCCCGCCCGCCUCCGCCUCCUCCACCCUCAGCGGGCACACCCACAAGUCCGAGGCGCCCUCCCUGGGCACCAAGGUGUAG